GCGUCAGGUGUAAAUCCGGGAACGCAAAUAGAUCCGAGAAUAGAAGUUUACUCAGGUAUGAAAGAACAAGAGAACUGGCAAAGUGAAGGAACGAUUCUCUGAGAUCAACUUUUCACCAUCAGUUCGUUCCUCUCGCAGGAUUUGUAAAGUUUGGCUGAAGUCUCUGUCUCCAUCUGUCUCUCGGUACGAUGGAGCCUGCCGAGCUGCUGCUCAUCAAGGACCAGCAUGAGUUGGCGUUUCACUCCCUGAGUCGUGGGUUGACUGCCGAAGAGGCCGGGGAAGGAGCGGAGGCCCUGGAGUAUUACAGAAAGGGCCGACAGCACCUGACCUAUGGAGUGGAGAUUCCCACUGGGGGGGAGAGGCACCACGGAGCGGCCUGGGACAUGGCCAGGCAGCUUCAGCAGAGAAUGAGGGACACUCUGAGGACUGUCAACACCCACCUCUCUGACCUGGAGACCUCACAGCUGACAACAGGAGACCAGAGGCAGCGACUGUUACUGGAUCUCAACAGUCAGCCUCCCAGUGGUUCUCUCCUCCACCUGUACCCCACCAUCCCUCCCACCCAGACCACAACCCCAACCCCAACCCCAAUUACACUCCCUCCCCGUCCUGUUUCCCCUGCUCUGUGCAGAUACUCCCUCUCUGCAGCGGCUCCAGGAGCUAUAGCCAUGGCUAAUCCAGGGGACCAGCCUCCAGCGUACACACCAAAUCCCACAGACGGGCAUCACAGCCUGGCUUACGGCCCUGCUGGAGCCGGGCUCUGGUCGGGGCAGCAGAGCAGAGCGGCAGCAGCAGGACGAGAUGGGAAUGAGCUGCUCCUCGUCCCCUCUGGUGUGCAGAUGUUUUUUGUGGCACCCAACGGACAGGUCAGCUCCUUGUCUAAUCCAGGGUUCCUGCGUAUCAUCACAUUUGAUGCUGAGAACAAGAAUUCCACUGCGGGGAGACCCUCAGCAUUUCUACAUGUGUGUGAUUGGCUGUACCCACUGACAGCAGAAACACCGGUGCUGUUGGCCAACUCCGGGAUCUUCAUGUUCCCUGACUCCUUGGCAGAUACUCCCGGGUCCUACGUGGGCAUAGUGCUGUCCUCUGAACUGCCCGCUGCCUACAGAGAUAUGUUUGUGGACAUCCUAUCACAGCUCGCCGAACUCAGGAUCCAGGGUCCAGAGGGGUCAGAGGUCGUCAACCUGAGUAUGAAAGUCCCCCUCGGUCCCUCGCAACACCAGACAGGACUGACAGGGGAGAAGGAAAAACGACCAGUUCCUGGAUGGAGUGAGAAGAUGGCACAAGGAAUCCUGACAGGAGCGUCGCGGUUUAGUCAAGAGUUGGUAAAAGGAGCAGAGGCCACAGGUCGGGCCAUUCAUAAAGGAGCGGCCAAGAUCCGUGACCACGUCACGCCUGAGGACACCCCCUCAGAGGUCAGCCCCCGGGUCAGCAAAGGUCUGCAGGUGGCUAAACAGGCCACUGGGGGUGCUGUUCGAGUCAGCCAGUUCUUGGUUAAUGGAGUGAGUACAGUGGCAGGACAUGUGGCAGAGAAGGUGGCGCCACACGUUAAAAAACAUGGUGCUAAGCUGGUCCCAGAGUCCAUGAAGAGCAAAGAUGGCAAGCCUUCAAAUUUGGAUGGAGCCAAGUUAGUGGCAGCCACCAGCGUUCAAGGUUUAUCUACAGUUUGGUCUAGUCUGGAGACUGGAGCAAAGCUUGUUGGCAAAAGCGUUACAGCCGAGACCGUCACAACAGUGACCUACAAGUACGGUAAUGAUGCAGGUGAGGCCACGGACAAAGCUCUGCAGUCGGUGGUCAAUGUCGGUGUGACUGCGUACCACUUUGACAAUCUGGGCAUCAAAGCCUUCCUGAAGAGCGCAGGCAAGCAGACGGCCAAGGCCAUGGUCAAAAAACCAGACGGAGAGACAGCAGAAGUUGAGGGGAAAGAGGCGCCGAAGAAAGAAGAGGAAGAGGAAGAGAUGAAGAAAUAAGAUUUCCACAGGAUGUGCUUAAGUGCGAGGUCUGAUUGAUGGGUCACUAUCUCAUUUGCACAUUUAUAAAAGGAAAUAUAGGCCAUUUGUUUUUGGAAGAGAUGUUUUUUUUUUUUAGAUAAGGAUUUCAAAACAAACUCAGGUAUUAGUCUAAAUUAAAGUCCAGAUCUACUUUAAGCUAUUUAAGUUAUUUAUAUAUCUUUAGGUUUUGUAUUGUAAUAAUUUGAUUUUUAACUUAGACAACAGUAUUUUCUGUAUGUUCGUUACAUCAACCUGUUCACUGGCUAAAGGUCUGCUAGUUCAUUUAUAGCUACAGCCUGAUAUGACCUCUUUAAUAUUAAGAUCUGUAUGAAUCUUGUGAUAUUAUGCACAAAUGUUGAAUAUAAAAAACUUUAACAUUUAA